AUGCAUUGCAAAUAAAUUUUAAAUUAUCCAUAAAUAAAUAAUUUUAAUUUUAAAUUAGGUUAUAAUAGAAUAAUCAAAAAUAAAUGGUUACUCCAUUUAAUUUUAGUUUAAAUCUUCAUCAGAAUCUGGGUCAUACAUGAUCUAUUCAAUUUGUUGAUGAUCAAUUAAGAAGGAUUAUAUGGUAUUUAAUAGUCUUUGUACUAAAUUAAAAGAUACUCUUGGCUCUCUAAUUAACUUAGGGGCUAGUAACCAGUAGUUAAUAAUUAAUCAAAUUUAUAAAAAAAUGAAUUAAAUUUUUUAUCAAAAAUAUAAAUUAAAAAUAAUCUAAUUUCAGAAAUUAGAUAAAGUAGCAAUUUUUUUAUUUUUAGGACAUCAAUCAAAUAGCUGUUAAUCAUGGAGGAACUUGUUUAGAUGGAAAUUGAUCUUAUUGAACUUAAAAAAUAAUCUAAUUAAAGUUGUGCAUUGGCAAUAGCUUUUCUUGCGAUAUGGAUAUAUUUAUAUGGAUAUUUAUCAGGGAUGAAUAUUGCUUAAAUAUAUGCAUGUUGUCUAAUUUAAAUGAUAUUUUUACUAACUAAAAGGAAAACACAGUGCUCCACUUUAUUCAUAUUCUUUCCAUUCUGCUUAGCAUUAUUAGUAUUAAUUGAUUUAAUUUUAAUUAUCAUUAAUGUUAUCUCCUAAACUGACCCUUUCACUUAAUAAAUACUAAUGUUCCUUACAGUAGUAUUUACUUUUAAGUAUUCAUAUUAUGAGAAUAAAAUUAUGACUAAUCUUUCAAUAAUGAAUAUAAUGAUAUUAAAUGAAGUAAUAAGAAGAUAUCUUCUUGAAAAUUACUAAGACGAAGAGAACAAUUAAUAAAAAGUUGAAAGAAUUUAGAGUAUUGACUCAAGUUAAAUAGAUCCUGUUUAUGGUAAGAAUUGUACAAUUUGUAGUGAUGAAUGUGGUCUUUAAGAAAAAGUAGUUUAGCUUAAAUGUCUUCAUAUUUUCCAUAGUGAGUGCAUCCGCAAAUGGUUGCUUUAAUAAAGGUAUUGCCCGAAUUGCAGAGAUUAAGUAUUUUGA